CUGGCUUCACCGCGGCCUCCAUUUUGCAGUAUUUUUGCAAGCUAGCUGCUCCCAUUCGUAAAGUGCAGCAUCAGUAAAUAAAGUGCAUUGAAAAAGGAUUGUUUAAAAACCUGAAGAGAUAUCCUCACAGGCAAAAACGAUGGCUGACCCAUCCGCAGACGUGAACGUUCCGGAGGGCGCAGAGGUCCGCAAACUGUCGGAGCUGAGAGUGAUCGACCUGAAGGCCGAGCUGAAGAAACGAAACCUGGACAUCACGGGCGUGAAGAGCGUGCUGUCCGAGCGCCUCAAGAAGGCAAUCGAGGAAGAGGGUGGAAAUCCGGAUGAGAUUACCGUCGCUCUGGAGUCCAACCCAAAGAAAUCUAAUGUUACACCGAAACGGACUUCCAAAGAUGCAAGGCAAGAGAAUGAUGAACCAGAGGACAGUGCUAUCGAGGAGGACUCUCACUAUGGACUGGAAGAGCCUCAGGAUUACCACGAGAACAUGCAGGAAAUGGACAUCCUCGACAUGAACGUUCUGGAUGACACGGAGAACGACAACGGGAUACCAGCCGAGGACGACGAGGAAGCCGUGAAUUCUCACUCUGACGAAGAUGCGCUGUUGAAAGAAGUACAUGACGAAGACCCGCUUUUGAAUGAACAACAUGACGAUGACGCGCUGUUGAAUGAACAUGACAACAAGACCGUCGAGUCAGAAGAUGAAGCAAGAGGCCCAGAGAAGGAUGAGUCUGAGAUGUUAGAUAAGACUGAACAUAUGACAUGCUCAUCAAUCGAUAUGGCUCAGGAUCCCGAUGCAGAUGACGUGCAAGAAGUAACAGAAAAUGACAAAGUAGCCGGCUCUUGUUUAUCUGAGCCACUUAACGAAGAUCACCAGCAGAGCCUCGAGACGAACCCUGAAGAAGAGCGCGCUGCCACCGCCGGAGGGGAAGACAAUGCGUCCGACACCGGUGCCAAGUCCGAGAACGCCGCCUCUGGAGAUGCGGAGAGCGCCAUGGAUGUUGUUGAGACUCCCACCAAAGAGGUUGGGGACGCCCCGAAUGCCCCAGAAGAGACAUUUGACACUGAAAACGAAAGCUCGCAGGCCGUUAGUGUAAGCGAACAAGGCGCUGUGGGUGAAACUGUUGAUUCAGAAAUGGGGUCUAAGAAGGGUGAGGAGGAUGAGAAGACAGAAGAGAAAGCUGCUGCGGACUCAGCCUCCACAGUGAAAGAGUCCUCUUCUGUAGAGGGCGAUGAUCAGAAAAAGAGCGCUGAGGAGAAAGAUGGCACGACUGAGUCAAAAGAUGAAAAAGCCGCUGGAAGUGCUGCAGCAAGCAGUAGCAGGAAUCUGUGGGUCAGUGGUCUUUCUUCCACUACUAGAGCGACUGAUCUGAAGACCCUCUUCAGCAAAUAUGGCAAGGUGGUUGGAGCGAAGGUGGUGACCAACGCCAAGAGCCCCGGGGCUCGCUGCUAUGGUUUUGUCACCAUGUCUUCAACAGAGGAGGCCACCAAGUGUAUCAGCCACCUUCACAGGACGGAGCUGCAUGGCAGGAUGAUCUCUGUGGAGCAGGCUAAGAAUGAGCCCGUGGGGAAGAAGCCAGCCGACAAGAACGACCCCAAGAAGCCUGGCAGUGACAGGAGACCGUCGUCUGACUCCAAAUCUGAUGGAAAGGAUGAGAAGGCUGAGGGAGACGGAAAAGAUGGCAAAGGGCGGAAUGAGAGGACCGUAGUUAUGGACAAAUCCAAAGGAGAGCCCGUCAUCAGCGUGAAAACCAAAAGCAAGGAACGAAGCUCAAAAAGUCGGGACCGCAAGUCACCCAGUAAGGAGAAGAAAGAAAUCUUGUCGUUUGACCAGAUCAAGGAGCAGAGGGAGCGCGAGAGACAGAGACAACGAGAGAGAGAGAUCAGAGAGGUGGAGAGACGCAGGUUCACCGACCGGGGCGACCGGGACACCCGCGACACUCGCGGCGGCGACAACCGUCCGGACCGUGAGCGCGAGCGAAUCCGUCUGUUCCGAGAGAAAGAGGAGAGGAAACACUUGAUCCGGAAGAGGAGCUGGCUGGAGGCUGAGAAGCAGCGCCUCGACGCGGACCGCUUGGAGCGUCAGUUCUUGGAGCGGGAAAGGCUACGCAUAGAGUACGAGAGGCGGCGCGAGCAGGAAAGGAUCCUCAGGGAGCGCGAUGAGCUGCGGCGGCAGCAGGAGCAGCUGCGCUAUGAACAGGACCGCCGCCCUGUUAAGAGGCCCUAUGAUAUUGAUGGCAGGAAAGACGACUGGCCUGAGAAGCGCGUGGCCCUCGAUGACCGUUACAGCCGCUCUGACUUCGGUCGUCAGGAACGUUAUCAGGACAUUGACCACAGAGACCGGGGCCGGUACCAAGACGACCUGCUGAUUGACAGGCGAGACACCACUCGCAGCGUCGCUGCAGACAGAGACGGGCAGCACUUCUCAGACAGGUCAGAAAGACAUGGCAGAGAAGGCCGGGAGUCCUGGAGUGGAGGCUAUGACAAACGCGUCAACACCAGGGAAGGAGGUCGAGACUGGGACUCUAGUCGAAAAAUAGAUGGAGACAGAACAUGGCAAAGUAGAGACGGGGCCAUCCCAGGCCAGAGCCACAUAGCACGUGGAGGAAUAGCAAGCCGUGGAAGCUACAUAAACACAGGAACAUCUCAGUCCCUGUCUGGAGCUCUCAACAGGCAGAACCAGCUGCUGCAGGGCAGCGGGCUGCAGGGUGGAGCUUUUGGCCGACGCUACUGAUGUCUGCCUGAAGACGAUAGUGGGACUGUUUCGGGAAGGAUGCGUCCAUCUUGUUUUGUAAAUUUUUUUAAAACCAGGAUUUUUUUGUUUGUUUUUGACACAAUUCCAAUAAAUUUUUUGAUGGAGACAUUUGUUUUUCUCAUUGCUUCUCCCUUUUUUAGUUGUUUUUGUUUGUGUGCGUGAUGUAGUGAUCUCCUGCCUUGUAUUUAUCAUUCAGUCCAACCUACCUUGUUAGUCUAACACAACUGCUUGCCAAGAAUGUGUUUUAUAUGCAGGUGGGCCUGUAGUGGAAAGUCACGUCGGAGCUCUGUGUUGUGGAUUAAGAUGUUUUCUAGACACCUGGAUCAAUGGACCUAACCUCAAGUCUUCUCUCUGUAUCCCAGUUUGUCUGAAGCAUUGUGGAUGUUUUCCAUUCUCGUUAAAUUUGCCUUUGUUGCAAGUCAGUUCUUCAUCGCUUAAGGCUCCUUUUUGACGUCAUUCUUUUUCCGAUGAGUAAAAUGUUUUUUAAAAGUAAAUUCUUUCACAUUGUUAUCCAUGCUUGUUAGUUUAUUAGUUUAUUUCAAUCAGUGCUUUUUUUGUAUUUGAUUUGUGUGAUUGUUGGAUAAUGGUAAUAAAUAUGUCCCAGGAGCUGUUCACAAACUAUUGAUUAAGAUCUGUUAUAAAAUCUAAAUCUUACAAUUUAAUGUAUUAUGUUUCAGCCUAUGUUUUCUGUAACUCAAAUGUGUUUCUUUGUGUAGUUUUUCAUAAAAGUGUUAUAUUUAGUGAAGUCCUGCUGUUUGGUUCAUUUAAGGCCGUGCUCACAGGGUGAAAUUGACUCCAUAAAUAAAAGAUUUUUCAUCUUUUUGCAGUGGUGCUACUGAAACAAAUGCUCCCCGACUCUUAUUUUAAAUUGCCAAAAUAUUAAUUUAGAAUUCAAUGUCAGGGGCUCACAUUAAACACACAAACUAAACUAAAGCAUAUGAACUGUCAUGACACUUUGAAGCAACAAUUAAAUUUCAAUUUCUUCCAUUAGACCUUUUUUUGACGUAUGAAAAUGCAGCGUUUACAUUGGACGUGG